GUUUCACCUUGGGCUUUUCCCAUGCUUAUUUUUAGAAGAGUGAUAUCAGGGAAUUUUUCGAUCUCUUGAAAUAUACUACAAAUUUCCACCGUAAACCAUUCAUAUAUACACAGUGAGUGGAUGAACCUAUCGCUUUUUGCAUGCUGGUUUAAAGUUAUAAUUUCAUAUCCAAGAUACAUAGUUGACAUUGACAACCAUCGUGCGUAGUACUAGCUGACUUGUGGUAUUUGGAAAACAACAUUGAAAGAUGAACAGUGCAGACUUUACUGACCUGAUGCAGCAAGCAAAUGUUGACAUGAUGACAGCACAAAAUGAACCCGCUUUUACCAUGUCAGAUGUUGAUGCCAUAUUGAGAAACGAAGAUGACAGCUCCCAGCAGUCACUGUAUAGACCCCAACCAACAACUGAUGCUGCUGCUAACAUGCCAAAAGAAGUGAGAGAUGUCUGGGUUCAAAUUGUUGAGCAGCCUCGACAGAGAGGAAUGAGAUUCCGCUAUGAAUGUGAAGGAAGAUCUGCUGGUAGCAUCCCAGGAGAAAACAGCACAAACGAACAAAGGACCUUCCCAGCAAUUAAGAUAAACAAUUAUAAAGGUCCAGCAGUGAUUGUGGUCAGUGUUGUGGACAAAGGUAGCCCUCCAAAACCUCACCCCCAUGCCUUGGUGGGCAAAGACUGCACAAAGGGAGUGUGCACUGUUAAGAUCCGAUCCACAGGACAACCUAUACAAUUUCCAAACCUUGGAAUUCAGUGUGCCAAGAAGAAAGAUGUCUCAGAAGCUUUAAAGCAGAGGGAACAGAUCCGAGUUGACCCAUUCCAAACGGGGUUUAAGCACAUGAAAUCCAGCAACAUUGACCUGACCGUUGUAAAACUUUGUUUCCAAGUGUUUCUACCUGAUGAAAAUGGAAAGUUUACCAAAAUUGUCCCACCAGUUGUGUCCCAGCCCAUCUUUGACAAAAAAGCCUUGAAUGACCUGGUUAUCUGUCGUCUUAGCAGGCAUGCUGGCAAUGUCCGAGGAAAUGAUGAGGUGUUUUUGCUCUGUGAUAAGGUUCAAAAGGAGGACAUCCAAGUGCGCUUUUAUAAGGAGUCGGAUAAUGGGGAUCUGGAGUGGGAAGGAUUUGGGGACUUUGGGCAGAGUGAUGUGCAUAGACAGGUGGCCAUCGUCUUCAAGACUCCUGCUUUUCGUGACACACAAAUUGGGACACCUGUGAGUUGCUUUCUUCAACUAAGGAGACCCUCGGACGGAGAAGUCAGUGACCCAAAACCAUUCCAGUUCAUGCCAGAUGACACUGACCUUGCAUUUAUUGACCGUAAGCGCAAGAGGAAGGUACUUAACAUGACUGGGAUGGAUAUCAGUGGGCAAGCACCAGUUGUGUACUCAGGCCCACCAGAUCCUGCACAGAACCCACUUACUCAGAGGCAGAUUAUCAACGACAGGCUGAGAAAGAAAGCCACCAGAAAUCAGCCACAGCAGCAGUUCAAGAGUGAAGCUCCCCCACCUCAGUCUUGCAUGUACCAGCAGACUGGUCUACCAGCACAGGCCAACACUGCCACCUUCAACUACAGCAACACUGCUAUGGGCAGUGUCACUAUGGCCCCAAAUACAGUCCAAGACCUCAAUGCCAUCCAUUACCCACCUGCCCACAUGUCCACUGCCGCAGCAGGUGCCCCUGUGGACCUUAUGUCCACUGGAGGGGGGCAGCAGAGUGGGGGUCAGAUGAAAACGGGGUUUGAACCAAUGCAGCUGAGCAGCAGUGACUUCAAGUUGAACAGCUCUGAGAUGAGAUUGGAUUCAGAUUUCAAGUUAGAUUCGGGGAAUAUCAGAAGCCUGAUGCAGAUGAAUAGUGGAGAGCUGGCCCAGUAUCUUGCAGAUCCUAAUUUGUCUACCACACAAGCACAAGGUGUUGCAACAGAAGCACAACCGUAUUAUGACCCAAGUGUAGCUGCUAAUGAGCAGGUUGUGAGUGAUGACUCUCAGCUAAUACUAAAUACUGCUGAUGCAAUCAUAGGAUUGAAUGCAUCCUAAAUACUGAAAAGCCUCUGUAUGUUUAAAUUGUACAAAUUGUAAUGUACUCGGGAAGAAGUUCUAUCCUCCAGAUAUUUUAGAAUCUUAAUUUUGUAAUGCAAGCUUCAAAUUAAGUUAAAAUGAAACUAUUCAGUAGUCUUCUACACGUAAUAAACUCUUUUUAUGAGUUUUGAAAUGUAAAUAGUAGGAAUGUAAAUAGGGAUAUCAUCCUGAUGUUGAUCAUGCUGUACAUAAUGUGCUCACUAAACUUUGUCUAGUUGUCAACCAUUAGUUGAAAAGUUGUCAUCAAAAUUUAGUCACAUCAGCUUUUAUACAGGUGCUUUUUUGUUGCUAAUUAGGUCAGGCUGCUGUAGAAUUUAUCUUGCAACUAACUGUACAGUUAAAAUAAUCUUAUUCUAGAUGUGAAAAGCAGAUUAACAAUUUAAAAGAUUAUGAUGGUAAAAUGUGAAGUCUUUGUAUAAUAUAAUUGUAAUUUGUUAUUUUCUUGAAACAAGGAAAAUGAUCAUCACAUUUUGAGAAUGGGAUGCAAAAUGUUUUACAAACAAAUAUUAUAUCAGUAACUUUGAAUGUGGUAAUGGGAUCUUUGCAGAAACUUGUAUAAUUGUAAAUGAAACAAAUCUGGCAUACGUUUUAUUAAUAAAUGAAGCUUAGAUAAUCUCCUUACUGUGUGUGACUUAUAAAAGCUGAGUGACAAACACAAUUCGGUAGAGAUUAUCAAACUGAUAAGUGUAGGUUACAAUCUUUGAAACAGUCCAAAGAAGUGAUGGUCACUCCUCUUAGCUGCAAAAUGUCAACUAAUGUGAAUAUACAAAGAAUAAAGUAUUUCUUGUGAAUACAUAAUUUGUUUUGAAAUAAAGGCAAACGAAAUGGCUUCUUCUGA